AUCGGAAUCCACAUGUCAAUCUUAAGGCUCAGUGGAGCUGACCCUAUUUACCUUCUCUCUCUCUCUCUCUCUCUCUCUCUCUCUCUCUUCACAGUGCUCUUCUUCUUGGUUGCAAUUUCUCUUCAAUUUUACUACUUUAUCCUUCUCAUGACUUCUUCAGUCACACGCUGAUACUGCUCUUGUUUCUGUGCGCGUUACAACAAAAGAUAAUCAGGUUGAACGGCCUUCAAGUUCAAUUUUUUGUAUCCUCUCUCAUAUCGGACAUACAGGGAUAGCUCUAGUUACUGUUCCAGUUAGUGUAUUGUGAUGGCUAUGGGUGUAAAAUGCAUAACAUGGGUUGGUAACAUGUUCCAGAAGUUUGAGGAUAUUUGUGUGGAUGUGGACGACACAGUGUUUGAGGAAACUGUUAAGUACUUAGGGAAUCAUAUGCAGACUGUUGGGGAAAGUGUUAAAAAGAUCUGUUCAGAAGUCAUGGAAGAUUUACGUCCUCUACCUUGUGAUUUGGAUGAAACAUCAGUCUCUGAGAUGCAUAUAAAUCAAAAUUCUGAUGCUGGUUUAGCUGAGAAGUCUUUUGAAGGUUCCAGGAAUGUAACUGUAAAUGAUGGUAUCAACCAAACAACCGAUGACUCAAGGAUCAGUGAUGAUGUUGAUAAUGAUGUAAUCCAUGCCGAAUCCUGUGAUUCUAAUGCUUUGUUUGUUGCAGCUUCAAGCUAUUCUGUCAAAGGGUACAACAAAUCAAACCUCGGUGGUGAUGAACAAGAUAAAAACAUGCCUGCAUCCAAGAGUGCCUGUGAAAUCACUUCAUCAGAAACAGAUACACGCAAUACAUCACAAUUAUGUGAACUCUCCUGGAUAAAAGAAAAUCAUGCAGACACUGUUUCAAAGCCAACUUUCUCUGAAUCAGUUGCCAUUGCCUCUUUAGCUGAAUGUUGUAAUGAAAUUGAAAAUACAAGUACUAGAGAAAUCUCCGAUGAUCUAGAAUGGGAUGAAUCAGCUGAAGAGAAAGAAAAGCAUAGUACUUCAAAUUCGUGUGUCUUGUUUGUAGAUUCAUAUGAAAUCACAGAAACAUGGGAUUUGGAUGAACCAAAGAUUGGUGGUACUGUUGCUGAGCAAGGCCAUAAAACCGUGCAACAAGAUGAUGAAUUGAAGCUUGUGGAAAGUUGUGUUAUGGUUACUAGAGAUGAAGUUCAAUCAGUUCUCAAUGCAGAGGGUAAUCUAAGAACUAGCAAGAACAAGAAGAGACAACCCUUUUUGUUAUCCAAGAAGGCUGCAAGGAGGCAAGAGUAUGAAGAGCUUGCAAUGUUGCAUGGAAACAAUGAAAAAGAUGAUUUUGCAGAGAGUUUAUGUGCAACUUUACAGAAUGAUCACAAGAAACUACUACUUCCUGAUAUAUCUGAGUCUGAGUGGGAGGUUCUCUAAAUAAAAGGAAUGAUUAAGUUGUGUAGAUACACGACCAACCCUACAAAUAUUUCAUCCACUUCUUAGUCCUUAUGAAGGAGAUUGAGAUGCUGUUCUAUUGCAUUCCCUACAAUACCUAGUAUGCUACCACAACUACUUUCCUAUGAUGUUUAAUGUCCCAUUUCCAAAAUUCACACCACCACCCCACUUUGUUUUUCAGCUUCAAAUAAAAAGUAACACAGAAAGAAGCCUUAGUUUGAUCAUUGAAAUGUGAACCUCCACAUAGAGUAGUUAAAGUAGCUUGGACCAGUUAUAUAUGGAGCACUGAAUGCAGCAUAUUGUUUUUCUCAUUGAAAAUGUUCUCUUGUUUCAUUUCUAACUUCUCAUACAGAAUGUCUAUAUAUCUGAAUAGGAUUUCAUGUGCUUUUUCAUUAA